GUGUGAAUGUGUCUCUACAGUGAUAUUUGUUGAAAGUGAGAAAGAGUGCUAAUGCAGUCUAGUGCAGGAAUAGAAAACAGAUUACUUAUGUCGUUGAUCUUGACACUUCAUUUGGGAAUUAAAAGAUGGCAUGGGAGCUUCACAUGUGUCUCGUGCGCUACUUUUUACGUUUAGAAAGGCUGGACGACAAAUGGAAGGAAUUAUCGAAAAAGGCUGAGAGAUCGCUCGAAGGUUUAGCUAAUCGAACAGAGCAAUUGCGCCAUGUCACGAAUGAAAAAAUAGACGGAGCAGAAAAUAGCAUAGAUCAGGAAACGCGGGAAAGAUUGAUAUUUAAAAUCCUUAUGGGCCUCGAGGAAGAAAUUGCACUUCUUUCGAAUAUCCUGACGCAAUUUAAUGAUAUCAAUCAGGAUUUGAAGAAUUAUUUGAUUAAUUUAGAAAACGCUAGAAGCAAGAUAUCUUUAAAGGACAAAUUAAUGCAAGAAUUAAUUAAGGGAACAUCUUAUCGACCAGCGCUUGAAUUGCUCCUGCAGUGGGCUACGGAGGGUUAUCAAUUCUUUCAUAAUAUGUAUCUUCGUAUCAGCGAUUGUAUGAAAUCAAUUGAUUACAAGACAGAAGAGACUAUCAACAAUCUGAUUUCUUCUUUCGUGGAAGAGGAUCGUGGAAGAAAGUAUAUAAAUAGCUGGAAGAAGCCUCCAUGAAGAAUUCCUCGAUUCUCCAAGGCCUCCUUGUUUCAUAAAUGGAUCUCAAGUCUGCCUUCCCGAAGGAAGGAAUAUUUUAGGGAUUUUAGUAACCUACUCAAGGCAGCAUGUCAUAAUAUAGAGUAUAUGCAAACCUAUUAUCAUGAAUUACGA